AUGAUUGUAAAUCCGUACAAGCACCAGCCAAUGAUGCUUGGCGCGAACACUAUUUAUAAAUUCUCUUUUCCCGUUAACGAUUCAACUGAUUUAUUGGGUGUUACUAUUGACAAGGAUUUGAGCUUAAUCGUCACAUCACACAGAUAUGUAAGAAGGUUAAGAAACAAUCUAGUGUUCUCAAGAGAUUUAAAAAUAUUAUAACCAGAGAUGUCAUGUUACGUUUAUACAAGGCUUUCAUCCUACCACACCUUCAAAAUUGCUCUCUAAUUUAUUAUUUUCUUGGCACUAGAAAUUGUGAUAAAUCAGAACAAAUGUAUUUUACGAUUUAUUUUCAAUGAUUCAAUGCCUAGUUAUAAUGAACUAUUAAAGAAAGCAAAUUCUUACGAUACUUUUCAAGAGCAAAUAUAUUUCUACGUGUCCUGGAUAUCUAAAAAAAAACUAUUCGUUCUUCGUAACUCCAGUUAUUCAUUAAGAGGAAACAAUAUUCUGACCUCACAUUUACCGAAAACAACAAAUAACGGACCUGAAUGUAUCCGAUGUCAAGCAGCAAAAAUGUGGAAUUCGCUCUCAUACCGUAUGAGAACAAUAACAUCAUAUAAAGAUUUUAAGGCAGCCAUAAAGAAAAAGAAAAUGAACUUGUAA